UUUUUACCCCAGGCCCCUUUCUUCCCCUGAGUUGAUGACGAAGACGGAAGGGAAAGGAAGAGAAUAUUGUCACCUGACCGAAGGAAACCCGGAAGCGGAAGUGACAUAAAGGGGACAGGGAGAGAGACAGGGAGAGAGGCAAACCCUUCCUCCUGGAAGGGACUCGAGGCCGAGAUGGUCACGAAGCUGCUAGUUUCAACAGCAGCCCAGUCCUGGCACUGGGUGUGUUGUUACCUGGCCCCACCUGGGCAAACAUGAAUGGGAGCGCAGUGCCCCUGUCACCAACGGGGGGAGGGAUGGUAGGAGAACCUGCCUCUCUUCCCUCUCCGGGUUGGCGGGAAUUCUGCGAGGCACAUGCCCGUGCUGCUGCAGCGGACUUUGCUCGUCGUUUUCGAGCCUUUCUUGGUGAGAACCCCCAGUUUGCCACACCAGGAGCUGAAGCUGCCUUCUCACGCCACUUUGCUGAGCACUUCCUGGAACAUUUUGAGGCAGAAGUGAGCCGAGCCUAUGCCAGUGACUCGCCGCCCCGCUGUGACAUUGCCCCCUUCACUGGCUGCUCCUCUGCGCGUGACCUUUCUGAGACAUGCAGCGACUCCUCUGUCGCCUCUCCUGUGGAGCCUCCGCUGGGGCCACCCUCUGGCCUUUCUAGCAGCCAGUCCCGUAGCUCUGAAGACGUUUCUACUGUGGCAGCAGUUACUGCCACCAAACCAAAGCUGAAGAAGCGCUUCUCUUUACGCAACGUUAGCCGCAGUGUCCGAGGUAGCGUACGCGGCAUCCUGCAGUGGAAGACCUCGGCCGAGUCAUCCCCUGGUGGUGCAGACAGCGCAGCCACCGGAGCCAACAGUAAUUCCAACUCUUCAGGGGGCGGUGACUCUGAGCGCUGGACUCACAGAUUUGAACGCCUUCGGCUCAAUAAAGCCUCCCCAGCCACCCUCCGAGUAGAACUGGCCAGUGUGCGGCGUGAGGGCCUACUGAACUACAUUGUAGCUGAUGAUGGGGCAGGCGGAGGCAGCCGGACACGCUGGCAGAAAUGCCGUCUUCUCCUGCGCAAAGCAGGGAAAGGGGAAGGGGAGGGUUACCUUUUGGAGUUCUACAUCCCCCCAAAGGCAUCCAAGCCACGGGUCAGCAUUGCCUGCUCUUGCGUAGUGGAUGUGCGGACAACAACCCCCCUGGAAAUGCCCGAUAAGGAGAACACCUUUGUGCUCAAGCUAUCAAGCUCCUUAGAAUACAUCCUUGAGACGGUCGACUCACUGCAAAUGCGCUCGUGGUUGGCAGACAUUCAGGAAUGCAUGGGCCUCGGAGAGAGCACUGAUAGCUUGGAGCAGCCCUGUAUGAACCACUCAGAGAGCAUGCCCAGCCGGGAGCUUCCCAUGGUGCCGAGUGAGAGCAGCGAACAGCUCAGCCAAGGUGCCUAUGGCGGACUGAUGGAACGCCCCUCAGCUUCCAUGUCUCCCAGCUCGGUCUCCAUCGCUGCCUCCCACUUUGACUCAAUGGAGUUGCUGCCUCCUGAGCUGCCACCUCGAGUGCCGAUUGAUGAAGGGCCAUUUCCCACGGGGCUCCUCCACUCGACCUUCCCUGAAACCCCUGACACCACAGGUUCCUUCCUCUUCCAAGGGGAGCCCGACCCAGGUGGGGGAAGCCUUGGCGACACAGAACACCCCCUCUCUGAAUAUCCUUGGUUCCAUGGUACUCUGUCCCGUCUCAAAGCGGCCCAGCUGGUAUUGGCAGGGGGAGCUAGCAGCCAUGGUGUCUUCUUAGUGCGGCAAAGUGAGACGCGACGUGGCGAAUAUGUCCUGACUUUUAACUUCCAGGGGAAAGCGAAGCACCUGCGCCUCUCCCUUAAUGAAGAUGGGCAAUGCCGGGUUCAGCAUCUUUGGUUCCAGACCAUCUUCGACAUGCUGGAGCACUUCCGGGUCCAUCCCAUCCCCCUUGAGUCAGGUGGCUCCAGUGAUGUGACGCUUGUCAGCUAUGUGGUUGCUUCACAAAGGCUGCACGGCCGGGACCGGGCUGGGAGCCGAGCGCUGGUAUCUGGGUUCAGUGGGGACCCCGACUCGCCCCCCAACCUCAUCUCCAUCCUUGCUGCCGCCUCUGCGGGUGACUGCGUAACCGAGCACCUCUCAUAAUGUGCCGCCCCUGCCACCUCCACUCCCCCCAGCUCGGCCGCUUCAUGCUCCCCCCGAUUGUGGAUUGCCGGAGCCUGAGGGG